CACAUGAUUUCAAUUAUAAUUACGUGUCUUGCUAGCUCUGCUGUUUUAUAAAAUAAUAGCUAGCUAGCUCAUAUACAGGUACGUUAGGUAGGUGGCUAAAGAUGUCAUCAAUCUGGCUAGGGUGUUGUGUAGUCAUCUUGACAGUCCUGUCACAAACACAAGCUAAGGAACCAAAUCUAGCUGGUGAUGAGUAUGUGUUCGAGUUGAAUGACAGCGAUGGUUCUGUUUGUUUCUACGCAUCAUUUCAACUGGACUACAAAAUCUCUUACCUUCAGUACCCCAACAUUAGUAACAAGUCUAUCAAGCAUGUCAUGAGCACAGAAAUUAAACUCCCAAACAACACCCAAGUCCUGAUCUCAGGAGAUUGUGGCGUAAAUGAGACCAAGCUGUUGUUGUCAUGGGAAAAUGGCGAACAAAGGUACAACUCUUCGUUUUUGUUCACACUAACAAACAGCACUUGGUAUGCCAACUUCAUCUCGUUCUCAUUUGACCUUGCGAAGCUCCCCCAAAAUCCCGUGGAUAUGGGAGUCCAGACUUAUGUCACUAAUAUCACCAACCUCUUCUCUCGAGAUUUUACCAGAAAAGAUUUCUUCUAUUGUGAGAAAUGCAAAACGUUUGCUUUCGCCAACUGUUCAGAGGAUACCCUGGGCUGUGUGGACCCUUGUUCCAAAAAUGAAAAAAACAAGACUGAGUGUAACAAUACACUGGAAAUGAUGCAUGCUGUCAUAUACCCAGGAGACAUUCAAGAGCAAUCAGCAAACAGAAAGCUAUGUAUUGAGGACUACAUUGCCUUGCAAGAGCUCAUAGUACCCAUUGUAGUGGGAGGAAUCCUGGCUAUCCUACUGGUGCUGAUAUUUGUGGCCUAUAUCAUAGCCUAUAUCCGUAGGCGUAGGAGAGAAGGAAAGUAUGAACGAUUAAGCGAAACGACAUACUAGCGUUUGUGUUAUUUUUAAAGGAUGUGGCAGUGUUUAUAUCGCAAUUCAUGUAUUAUAACACAUCUUCGAGCACUUUAUUCUAUUGUGUGUUUAAUCUAUUGUGUGAUCACAACCACUAUGAUUGUAUCAACUGCA